CCUCUUUCAACCCUAAUAGAGCUCUGGCGUGAAAGAAUGGCGGAAGACAGAAUCAACCAAUUGCCGGAUGAAAUUCUUCAACACAUCCUCUCCUUUAUCGACAUUUAUGAAGUCGUUCAGACAACCAUUCUCUCAAAGAGAUGGAAAGACCUCUGGCGUUCCGUCCUGGGUAUCCGAUUGCACAUCCGCAGCGGCGGUAGGAGGCGCCGCCGCGUCUCCCAAUUCCUCUCUCACCGCGACGCUGCAGCCCCUCUUCACGGCUUCCACCUCUCAUUCGACAGCGUAAUUCGGGUCCUUGAGGAUGAUGAGGCAUUCGUAGAGGAAUGCGUGCUCUACGCCAUCAAUCAAGGCGUUCAAUCCCUCCGCAUCCAAUCGCCCCACCGUGGCCUAACUACUCUGAGGCUCCCCGCCGCGCUCUUCACCUCCACGACGCUGAGGGAGCUCGAGCUCACCCAGAAAGGCUCCGAGAUUUAUGUACGAGGACGGCUUUCUUUACCCAAUUAGAAAACCCUUUGUCUUGAAACCACUUUAAUCUUCGACGAUGAUCAUAAGACCGAGCCGUUUGCCAACCUCCCGGAGCUUGAGAACCUUUCUCUGCGCGGGUUUUGGACAUACAGCCAUGUUUUAAAGGCUCCCAAGCUUAGAGUUCUUGAAAUCUUUGAAUUCCCGCCUCUUUUCGAAGAGAUUUCUGCUCCUUUGCUUUCCUCGUUUCGAUACGAGGGUUAUUCAAUUUUGG